UUGAUUAGAAUUAAAAAAAAUAAAAAAUAAAAAAAGAGUGUCACCAUCCCUUCUGCAGAAAAACUAAAUUUCAACCAUUGCUUGCAAAAUAUUUUCUUUUUUUCCUUCUUUUACGGAGAGAAGCUAAAUUAUAUCCAUUAUUUCUCUCUCAUGUCUUUCAUUUCUGCAUUUUUUCACCUUUACUGGCUAUAUCUCUUAAAGCUUUGAUUUGUUAUAUAUACAAAGAGAGGAGGAAAAGAGGUCAUAAUCUGGGGUGGGGGUGGGGGUAGGGGUGGGGGAUCUAUGGAAGGAUUGGAUGGGUUGAUAGAAAGAUUAUUGGAAGGAAGGAAGAAUAGAGGGAAACGGAUUCAGCUGAUCGAGUCCGAAAUCAGACAGCUUUGCAUCAAAGCCAAAGAGGUCUUCCUCAGCCAGCCUGUACUUCUCCAAUUAGAAGCUCCGAUCAACAUUUGCGGAGACACACACGGCCAAUAUCCAGAUCUCCUACGGCUAUUUGAGUACGGAGGGUUCCCACCAGACUCCAAUUACGUGUUCCUAGGAGACUACGUGGACAGAGGGAAACAGAGCAUAGAGACAAUAUGUCUCUUGCUGGCUUACAAGGUCAAAUUUCCGGACAAGUUGUUCUUGUUGAGAGGGAACCACGAGUGCGCUUCUAUCAACAGAAUCUACGGAUUCUAUGACGAGUGCAAGCGUCGGUUCAGCGUCCGCUUAUGGAAAAUGUACACCGAUUGCUUCAACUGCUUACCCGUGGCCGCCGUCGUGGACGACAAGAUUCUCUGCAUGCAUGGCGGCCUCUCGCCGGAUCUUGAUAGUUUGGAUCAAAUCAGAGCCAUUGAGAGGCCGAUAGACGUCCCGGAUCAAGGGCUCCUUUGUGACCUUCUUUGGGCUGAUCCUGAUAGGGAUAUCAAAGGGUGGGGUGAGAACGAUAGGGGUGUGUCCUACACCUUUGGGGCCGACAAAGUGGCCGAUUUCUUGAAGAAGCAAGAGCUUGAUCUCAUUUGCCGGGCUCACCAGGUGGUUGAAGACGGAUACGAAUUCUUCGCAGACAGGCAGCUGGUGACAAUAUUCUCAGCACCCAACUAUUGUGGAGAGUUCAACAAUGCAGGCGCCCUUAUGAAUGUCGACUCAAGUUUGCUAUGUUCAUUUCAGAUACUCAAACCCUGGAAAGGGAAAAACCCUCAGCAUGAUUCAUGAAUAUCCGACGCUAGCUACAACAAAAAUAUUUCAUAUAGAAUGACUUGUUUGGUAAUAUUUUCAUGUUAUGUUUCUCCCAUUUAUACAGGCGAUAGAUAUGGUGAAUGUCACCAUUAUGUUCUCUAGUAUAUUGAAUCGAUCUUCACCGCUCAAUUUACUUAGUAAAUUUUUUUACAUAUAUUACCAAAAAGUAUACUUAAGUGCGGAAUUGGUCAAUUAGAACGAAUUAGUGUAACAUUCAACUACAAGGAAAUAGUUUUGUUAUGUGUUAUAGGACAGGUUGUUUUAUGCUGAAAACCAUUGAUCUUUCUCAAUUGUAGAUAAUUCUUGAAACUACAAGAGAAGCUUUGUAUAUAUAUAUGAUGUUCCUUGCUCA